GAAUUGUAGCUUGUCGUGUAGUGAAGGUAUAAGAGGGGAUUGAGGAGGGGACGAGGUGUCCCAUAGAGGGCGUUAAGAUCGUAAAGAGAAUGAUGGAGAAAUAGAGAGAGAAAGAAAGAGAUAGACUGAUAUUGUGAGAAAAUGAGAGACGGAGUGGGGAGAAACUUUGCGUGGUGAACGGCGGGCGCGACUGCAGAAACGUGUCGCGCGAGAGAGCCAGUGACAGACAAAAUGGCGGUAGGGCUUAUGCGGUGAGCGUGCGAGCGAGCGAGAUAGAUAUAGAAAGACGAGAGCGAGAGAGAGAAAGAGAGAUAGAGAAGGAGAGAAAAGAGAGAAAGAGAGAGAGAGAGAGAGAGAGAGAAUCAAGACGUGAGUGCAGCUCAGCACGACGACACGUCGCAAAGUAGCGCGCGCGCUGCUGCUAAGGAAAGACACGAUUUUUCUCCUGUUUUCGUAAUUAACGACGAAAAAAUAAUUCCCGAUUAAUUCGUCGCUCGUCGUUUUAUUAUAUUAACUCGUCUUAAAUUCGUCGAUAAUAAUAAUAAUAAUAAAAACAAUAGUAAUAAUAAUAAUAAUAAUAACAGCAACAACAACAAUAAUAAUAAUAAUCGUUGAUUCGUCGUCGUCGUCGUCGUCGCUGUCGUUUUCGUCGUCGUCGUUGCCGUCGUCGUCGUCAUUGUCGUCGUCGUCGUCGUCGUUGUAAUUAUACGUUGGUUAAUCUGGUGCAUGUUUCAUCCAGGAUCAUCACGAUCAUGGAACAUUUGCCGGCGUCGACCGCGAGACGUCGCGGUCAUCAGCAUCACCCGCGUCACUCGACGCGUAGACGUUUCGAGGUAUCCGGCAGAGGACCCGCGCAGUGUGGCCCUACCGGUAUAACAACAACAACAACAAUAACGACAACACCAACAAUAAUAGCAAACAACAACAAUAAUAACAAUAAUAAUAAUAAUAAUAAUAAUAAUAAUAAUGGCAACAAUAAUAACAAUAAUGUCCUCGAGGAUAACAACGUUUUAUUGGAGCAACCAACGUCGUUGGGUACCCAUUGGUUGCGUGAUUCCUUGUCGAAAAGAAUUGAAGCUAAUAAUAAGGAGGAUGUCAAAUCUAAUAAAACAACGACAAUAUCAGCGACAACAGCAACGUCAACGGCAACCCAACUGACAACAAUUUCCGAAACAACAAUUGCAGGAAAGACGACCGACGAUAAUAAAUAUAACGAGAACAAUGAGAACACGAACGUCCGACAGAGGCUCGCGCAGUGUAGCCCGGACGUAAAUAUUGAAAUACGAAAUGAUGAUAAAAAUGACGACGAUUAUAAUCUCAUUUAUAAUGACAAUGACGAGAAGUCAAAUGACAUUGAUCGUAGGAAUAAGGAUUUGAAGAAGGUUUACGAGAAAGGUUUCUCGCGGGAAAUUCAAACGCUCGUUUCGAACCCACGUGGCUGGGACGACCAAUUAAACGUAACAGAAAUCAAAGAGGAAAUUAAUGACAAUAUCGAUGAGAUAUUCGAUGAUAUUCGUACGAAGGAAAAUACAAAUUAUCACGAUUACGAUGAUUUAUUAUUAACGAAUGAUAAAUUUUUCAUCGACAUAUACGACGAGCCCGAGCACGCGGUCGCGAGGGCUCGUGGGGAUGGUAAUUCCGACGAUGAGUCUACCAACGUCGAGGAGGAUCCUGAAUUGGCCGAAUUGGCGAAAUUAAGGUGUCCAAGCGAAAGGACCGAGGUACAAGCCGAGAGAGAGGCCAGAAGACGAAAGAGAUGCGCCGAUUAUCCUGGAUUAGCAUUUGGCUGUUCUAUAUUCUCCAGCGAUACCAUGAUGAAGUUCAGUCUGAUUAGGAACGAAUUACAAAAUAUCAUGGGCAAUCAGCUGAAACGGGCCGAAUCCGAAGUCGCUGCCCUCAAUCGUCGUAUCCAGUUAUUGGAGGAGGACCUCGAAAGAUCCGAGGAACGUCUUGCUACUGCCACUGCCAAAUUGGCAGAGGCAUCUCAAGCGGCAGAUGAGAGCGAACGUGCCCGCAAGAUUCUCGAGAACCGCAGUUUGGCUGAUGAAGAGCGCAUGGACGCCCUUGAGAAUCAGUUGAAGGAGGCGAGGUUCCUAGCCGAAGAAGCCGACAAGAAAUACGAUGAGGUUGCCCGUAAAUUGGCCAUGGUUGAGGCCGAUCUUGAGCGUGCCGAGGAACGCGCCGAGGCAGGAGAGUCCAAAAUCGUUGAACUUGAGGAGGAACUGCGCGUGGUCGGUAAUAACCUGAAAUCCCUCGAGGUCUCGGAGGAGAAGGCGACGCAGAGAGAGGAGACGUUCGAGGGACAGGUCAAGAUCUUGGAUAGUCAGUUGAAAGAGGCUGAGGCUCGCGCCGAGUUCGCAGAGAGAUCGGUGCAGAAACUUCAGAAGGAGGUCGACAGGCUCGAAGACGUCCUGGUAAACGAGCGCUGUAAGUACAAAGCCAUCGCCGACGAGAUGGAUCAGACGUUCGCCGACCUCGCCGGAUAUUAACGAAUUGGCUGAACGAUUUACAAGCUGGUCUAUUAUUGAAAAUAAAGAAAAUUGAAAAAAGGGGGUUAACACAUAACACACACGUAUACACGUAUACAUUCACAAAGGGGGGGAAAAAAAGGGAAAUGUUCAAUGAAAUUGUUAAUUCACGCUACGAUAAAGAAAAAUGAGACACUGCCAAGUGCACGCUGACACUUUUCUGACAUGUCCAAUUAAUUUCAACUUUGGCACAUACGUCAGAUUUUGCAAAGAAAAAAAAAUAUAUAUAUAUAUAUAUAUUUAACCCUUAUGAUAUAUUCUACUUAAUUUUUUUUUUUUUGAAUAUAAAUAAUUUAUUGAAUAAAUAUGUGCAUAUAAAGGUUAAUAAAUAUGUAUGUGUAUAUAUAUAUAUAUAUAUAUGUAUGUAUAUAUGUAUAUGUAUAUAUAUUUAACCCUUAUGAUAUUCCAUUUUUAUAUUUUAUUACUUUUAAUUUCGUUUAGGAAUUACUUGAUCAUGCAUCGUAAUUUAUUAAAUAUCAUGUAUGUUAUAUAUAAGGGUUAAAUAUAUUAAUUAAAUAUAUAUAUAUGUUGCACGUAUACUUACGUAUAUUAUUGAAGGAUAAAAGAUCGAGUAGAAAAAAAGGGGAGUAGAUAUAUUCCCCCUCCUUAAAAGCCUUGUAAAAUCAUCUGAGCGUAAAAUUAUGUGCGCAAGGAGUAAGCUCGUCUAAUUAAUGAAAUUUUUUUUUUUUUUUUUUUUUUCCCCAUCCAUUGAGCCUUUAAUCAUUAAUCAAUAAUCUUGCGUACGAUUGUGCACAAAUGUUCUAUUCGAUCCUCGAUCUAAUGUUUCUCCCCUUUUUAUCAAUUUUUUCGCGUGGUUCUAUGCUUGUUCGAAAAUAAAAAAAAAAAUAAAAUGUUUGUAAUAAAAAAAAAAAAAAAAAAAAAAAGAAAAAAAAAAGAAAAGAAAAAAAAAAUCGCUUCGUAGAGUUGGUAAGCUUCUUUUCAUUAGCCUUCGUAAUAACUAUAACGUAUCGUUCCUAAGUCCGUUGAAAUAAGUUGUUUGUAGCUUUUUUUUAUAUAUAUUAAGGAAAAAAAAAAAAAAAAAAAAAAAAAAAUUAAGAAAAGACGUG